GUGAAAAAAUCGAUCGGGAUUAGAUAUUGCGAGGACUAAUUUUAACACCACGGUGUCCGACUACCCGACGAUAUGGUGAACACCUUGAUUGCAUCCUGGCGAAGCUACCCGAUGUGGCUGCAAUGGGUCGCUUCGAUAGCGGUAAUGUUCAAGCUGUUCGUUUGCGGGCUCUCCAUCGGUUGGGCCUCGCCCUACACCGCGCAGUUUUUGAGCGGGGAUUCACCGUUUCCCGCGACAACCGAGGAAGUGUCCUGGAUAUCAUCCAUGUUCCAACUGGGCCGAAUACCGGGCGCAAUAUUGGGAGCAAUUGGAGUCCAAUACUUGGGAAGCAAAAAAGUGCUGAUCGGAAACGGACUGGCAUUUUUGAUAUCCUGGAUUUUGUCAAUCGCGGCUUACUCUGUGCCCUGGCUCUAUGUGACAAGAUUCAUUUGCGGAGCUAGCACCGAGGCGGUGAAUAUCUGCUACCCUAUUUACCUCGGGGAUAUUUCUAGCCCCGAAAUUCGAGGCACUGUCAUGGUCCUGGCGAUGAACGGCUUGACCAUAGGUUGCAUGGUAGGCUUAACCAUAGGGCCCUACGUCUCGAUGAGAGUUUACGCUUACGUGGGUCUUGUACCGACCGUCAUAUUCCUUGCGAUGAUGCUGUUGCUUCCGGAUUCACCGUAUUACCUUGCGAGCAAGAAGAAAUUUGAGGAAGCAGAGAAAUCCAUUCUUGCUUACAACCGAAAGGCAGAAGUCGACAAGGAGGUGAAAUCGAUUAAUGCAUUCGUCGCCGAAACGCAAUCGAUGAAAUUCAGGGACAGAUUGCGGGAGUUGAAUUUACCCUGUAACAGAAAUGCUACGAUGAAUUUGGUAUGGUUCACCUUCUUUGCCCAAUUCACCGGAGCCAACCCCAUAUCGGUAUAUCUAGAAACAAUCUCGACAAGAGCAAUGCUGACUGUGAUAUCAGCUUCAUCGAUGCCGCUUGUAACGACAGGUCUAGGUGUUUUAGGUGGGUGGCUGGUAACGCUGUUUGCUGACAAAUGGCAACGGACGGUAAUGUGGGUUAUUUCAAACGGCGGUGCCGGCUUAUGCAUGACGGCCAUGGGACUUCAUUUCUAUCUUCUGAAUAUCGGCGUGGAUCCAAAUUCGCUGCAAUGGUUGUUCAUUUUGUCGAUGGGAAUAUCUGGGCUAUUUCACAGUGUGGGAACCACUCCCGUACCUCACAUACUACUCGGCGAACUUUUCGGGGCUAGGAUACGAACUCUGGCCGUCUGCAUCUGCUGCUCGUUCGGAGGCAUCUUCGGCUUCCUCUCAAUAUACAUCUACCAAUAUCUGAUCGACAUCGUGGACGAGGCUUACGUAUACUGGAUACUGGCAGUGGUUGCCUUACUCGCCGUGAUUUACGGCGUCGUUAUGAUGCCUCCGACGAAGGGAAAAUCUUUGACAGAAAUACAGACUGAAUUGAUAAGGAAAUAGUAUCCAUGCAAUGGACAGUAGUUGUUAAUUCUAAGCCUCCAGGUAACUCCUGCUUUUCUAGAUCUCCAAUAAUCUCUUUUAGACCACUCGAAAUAUACACAUUACAUUUGUCGGUAACGUGGCGAUUUCUGCACCAAUAUAAAAACAGAAAAUGCAUGGUCAUCAUCUCAAAUGAGGCUCUCGUCUAAUAUCUUCCAGACAGUUGAUAAAAUUACGUACAAGUGAUAAAUAUAAUUAUCGUAAUACGAUCGAUAAAAUCCAGACUAGGUAUUUUACUGUAGUCGAGUGGCGGUUAAAAUAGGCCCCUGAAGAAUGGAAUAACGUUGGACCAAUUUCGACAACGCAAUUUUUUUUUAUCUGACCUGAGAAUAAAUUUUAAGCGUUAUCGACAUUUUUUCAAACUCCACUCAAUUGUACAGAAGGCCCGUUAUGUUCGCCUUUCCUCUAUGUAAAUUUGACCACUCCUCGAAAUUAUUUAUGUCGUAAUAAUUACUU